UUGACAUUAGUAAAUAGAGUAUUUCUCAUAAUGGAUCUAAAAUGUUAAGAAUUUUCUUUAGUGAUGAGACUCUAUUCAUUAGUUAUGCAUUAUUAUGACACAAGAAAUAUGAAUAUGUCCGUAAGGCUCAAAGGUAUAUUUCUCUUUCUCUGAAAGUUUUCUUUGUAGCUUCACAGCUAAGAUCAGGUGACUUGUGCUUGGAGCAGUGAAGCAGCAAUCUCUAACUAGGUAAUUAUGACAGCAAUCUCUAGGUAAUUUUCAAGUCUAUUCAACACAGACAGUUGGAAAAUUUAGGGAAGGCUAGCAAAGUAAACUUCUUGAGUGGGAUCUAAAGACUGGUAGGACUUAGUGCACUAUUGGACUGUUUACAUCAUAGCCCAUAAUAGAUGUUGAAAGAAUUUCCAUUAUGUCUACUCAUAUGCAAUAUGUUAAGGGAAUGGCAGAGGUCAAAUCUGGGAUCAUGGCAGCUUGUAGAAUUGUAGUUAUGGUUCUCAGGCCAGGUUUCUAUGCCUAGAACUCUGUGAAAAUCUAAAAACAUCUUGAACAUUUCAAAAUAAUCAGAGAUCUGUCCAAAUGGAGCUUGGAUCUAGACUUGGGAGCUUCUGUUGCCAGUUUCUGUUCUUGAAUGCAUUGCUGUGUUUACGCUCUUCUUGGCUUUCCCAUCCUAUUAACUAGCUCUCCUCCCAAGGACAGUGAAGCAGAGCAGAACAAACUGCUGGCUAGGGCUGCUCCAGCUUUUCUGAAGGGCAAAGGGAUACAAUACAGCCUGAAUGUGGCAGACAGGCUGGCUGAUGAACAUGUUCUCAUCGGGUUGUAUGUCAACAUGCUCCGGAACAACCCAUCAUGUAUGCUUGAGAGUUCAAACCGGCUUGACGAAGAACACAGGUUGAUCGCCAGGUAUGCAGCAAGACUGGCAGCAGAGUCCUCCUCGUCUCAGCCAGCUCAGCAAAGAAGUGCUCCUGACAUCUCCUUCACCAUUGAUGCAAAUAAGCAACAAAGGCAGCUCAUUGCAGAACUAGAGAACAAGAACAGAGAAAUCUUACAGGAGAUCCAGAGACUGAGGCUAGAGCAUGAACAAGCUUCUCAGCCCACGCCAGAGAAGGCGCAGCAGAACCCCACCCUGCUGGCAGAACUCCGGCUCCUCAGACAGCGCAAGGAUGAGCUGGAACAGAGAAUGUCUGCUCUCCAGGAGAGCCGGAGAGAGCUAAUGGUCCAGUUAGAAGGUCUCAUGAAGCUACUAAAGGAAGAAGAGCUGAAGCAGGGAGUAAGUUAUGUCCCCUACUGCAGGUCUUAACUAACAAUGGAGGGGCCUGCCAUCCUGCUGUUUUUCUCAUUGCUUUUGCCUCUAAUGUAUGUUCAUGCUUCAGUUUGGAAAGAGAAAAGAAAAUCAUACUAAUUUGCUUCCUUUUCAAUGUAGUGCUUGAAUUGAAAUAUAUAAACUUCAGCAUUCUUUAUAACUAUCACUGUUGUCGGCAUCAAAAGGAGAGCUGUUACAUCUUUUAGAAGAGGGAACGAAUUGUAAUUUGUUAAAAACUAUUCAGAUCCCCAGGGAUAUAAGUUUCAAAGCAUUCUUAUGCUUUCAGAGGUUGCUGAUCACACCCUUCUGUUAAUAGAAAGACACCCCCACAGUCACGAGAGCUACACCAAGAUUCACGUUAUUGCAAAGCCCACGGCACACAGAAGCUAACCUCUACCUCCUCUCCUGUCAUGAACAUGCAUUUCAGUUUCCAUUUUACUGAAAAGGUGUGGAACCCUUUUUUAAAAAUAAAAAUCAGGCAAUUAAAUCUCUUCCCAUCACAUAACUGUGAAGUCCUGUCCUCCACUGCCCACCAAACUGUGCUCAGUCUUGUGAGAGAAAGAUUGUACUCAGUAACUGUUUACUUCCCAUCUUUCUGGUUCUUCCCCAAAGCAGAAUACCUACUGUUGAUUGACAAUAAUCUUAAAGGACAGGUCACUUUCAGUCUUUCUUUUUAUCACCAAGAACCUUUCUGCUCUGGGAGUUCACCAAGUCAUCACAUACAUUUUUUUUUUUCUGGAAAUAGGGACAUUGUGACUAUCUAAACACAGCGUAAACUGGAGUCAUGUCUGACUAAUUUCAAGUGCACGUACCAAGCUGUGUAUGACAGUGUACUGCACUCACUAGAGUUAUUAAAAAGUUUCCAUUGAUCAGUUAGAAACAGCCUGUCCAAUUUCAGCGUAUCUUUUAAUUCUUCUGUAUGCUCUUUUCUAUUAUUCAUUGUGUGUGUUUGUGUGUAACAAAAAAUGUUUGCAAAAUGCUGGACACAUUUUUACCCUUCAUUCCCACGGUCUGUAAAAAAGGAAAGUGUAAAACCAAUCUGUAAUGUCAGACAAUAAAGACAAUGUAUUACAUUAUUUUGUA